CUGAGGGGGCCUCUCGCGCUUAAGACUCUCCGUUCUUUCUCACAAGGGGAUUAUGGCCAUCCGGUCCAGCGCAGACCAGCUAAAGCCUUCAGCAUUAACGGCAAGUCAUGAAGAUGCGACUCUGGCGCUGGAAGACUUCAUCUAGGAGACCCCGAGACUCUGAGCUGUCGAUGUUCAGGCCACUGAACGUGCAGACCUCUUUAUUAAUUUAUUAACCGUUUUAGUAAGACUGGAGAUGAGUUAGCAUGUUUUAGCUUAUCCCAUCGCUGCUGGAAGUUUUCUCCUCUUUUUCAACUCCUUCUUCCAACACUAUUGGUCCAGACAGAUGACGACCGAGGACCCAAUGACGGACCCGGUGAGGACCGGCUCAGCCACUGCAAUACAGCCUGGCCUCGUGAGCUCUCAGACCGAGUUGGGGAGCCAGGACGCCUUACCCAAAAGCAAAAAGGGCAACUCUGGACUCCGGCGCCCCGAAAAGCCUCCCUACUCUUACAUUGCACUAAUAGUGAUGGCCAUUCAAAGCGCCCCAGCAAAGCGCCUGACCCUCAGCGAGAUCUACCAGUUCCUGCAGGCACGCUUCCCUUUUUUCCGCGGCUCUUAUCAGGGCUGGAAGAACUCCGUCCGCCACAACUUGUCCCUAAACGAGUGCUUCAUCAAGCUCCCCAAAGGCCUCGGCCGUCCAGGGAAGGGCCACUACUGGACCAUAGAUCCUGCCAGCGAGUUUAUGUUCGAGGAGGGCUCGUUCCGACGCAGACCGCGAGGCUUUCGGAGAAAAUGUCAGGUGCUGAAACCGAUGUAUCGGAUGAUGAACGGCCUCGGGAUCGGUUCGGCACUUCUACCCCAAGCUUUCGACUUCCAGACUCCGGCGUGUCACGCCAACGGCUACAACCUGGACAUGAUGACCGGGAGCGUGACCGGAGGCGGUUAUGACCCAAUAAGCAUCGGCCACUACGGACAGCACAUGUCCUCCAGCCAGAGCUCCGCCAUGGCGAGCUGCUCUCUGGCGAUGAGUGGAGACUAUGGAGGGAAUAGUCCAGCUCCUUCUUCUCCUGCUUUAGCGAGCCAUCCUCAGUACUCUGGAGCUUCUCCACCCUGGCCCUCCUCCAGCGGCUCUCCUUAUCUAAAACAGCCUCCUCUCAGCGCUGGCAGCCCGGGCUCAUCUGCUCUACACCACAGCAUCUCACCAUAUCACUCCAUGGAGCAGGCCUACCUCCAACCCAGCUCGAGAAACACUGGGGAUAUGACAGUGGGUGUCUCGUGCUAUCAGCCUCACUCCUCCGCUGUGGCUGAACGGAAAGACUUUGUGUUGAACUUCAACGGAAUCUCAUCGCUGCCUUCAUCUGCGAGUGGAUAUUACCAUCAUCACCAUCUUCACCAUCAUCACCACCAGAGCGCUCAUCAGGACGUCAAGCCGUGUGUGAUGUGAAGGUGGAGAGUUGACGAUCUCUCAGACGCACAAAUGAACGCUGGACUGCUUCUGUGGACAGAAUGAAUGCUGUUGUCUGAGUGACGCUCCACAGGCACGCGCUGUGCGUAACGGAGCCCGCGCGCCCUCCCAGCCUGCUGACCGAGUCCGCGGAGACGCGCGCGCUGGUGUUCACUUAAAGAAAGAAGUGCUGAUAUUUCAUUAUUCCUGUGCAGUGUCCGUGUAUUCUAUAAUAAAAUUAAACAGAUGAAGAUGAA